UAUUGGAAAUGGGUCGUUUGUAUGGUACGUUGCAUCUUGCAAAUUUAGUGCACUAUUCUCCCUCACUGUAUCUGAGGUUCAUUAAUUCUUUGGUCAAUCCUAAUGUAGGCUCAGUAAUAUCUUGCACUGGGUAUUGUUUUCUCAGCUUAGUGAAGUAGCAGUGGUUUUUAUUAAUCGUGAUUUGUAAAACUUCAGAUCUUGUCUGUAGUAUCCAUUCCAGUUGGCGACAGUUAGCCUUAAUUAUAUGGACGACUUUGGUCAAUUCAUAAAUAUCUUUGCAAGCUCACAACCACUCGUCCGGUUCAAAACCAGGUUAGGGAUUACGAUUAAUAGUUAGCUAAUCCUCGGGUCUGGUGACACUGGUAAUGGUUUCCAAAGCUAAGGUGACACUAAAUAAGCUAUUUGUUAGCGAAAAGUGUUGGUUUACCUAGGUGUUCCCUUAUAUUCACAUCUGUUGACGUUUAAGUUGCACAGAUUAUGAAUUCCCAGUUUAUGGAAAGAUCACUUACGACAAUAUCGAAUCUGCUAUCUUUCCUACUGAUUUUCUAGUCAUGCUCUGAGAACUUAUAAACAAAAUGAAGUUUGGACUUGCAACUCAUCAUUAACAGAUACUUCAUGCCAUUUUAGUAAAGGUCACUAUCCGUCUUUAUUAUUACACUAAACUAUGCUAUCCCAAACAACCAAAAGGGGAAAUAAAGCGAACGAAGGCGUAAAUAAGGGGGAAAUGUCGCUUUUUCGCAUUUACGUCGGUUGUUUAGGGGAAAUGUCGCUUUCCCCCUCUUACGUCGUGUAUUUGGGGAAAAUUUGUCGACAAUUAGACGUUACGUACAGUGUUUGAAUAAACCGCAAUCAGAACUUAAGUUUUCAUACACGUCGACAAAUUAAGGCACCGCUUAAUAAAAAAACAAUUUUGUCAUAAAAACAAGGUACAAAAUACGAAACCAGGCAUAGGCAGCUGGCUAUGAUUUUCAUGACUUUUCAUCUUCGUUUCCCCUCGUAUCAUUCACCUUUAAGGAUUUAAAUUAAAUCCAUAAAAUAUUACUAAGACAUAUGGAGUUUUGACUGAAUACGAGUAUGAACGGAUCCAUUAAAAAUAACCGAUUUCUGAAACACCAGAAAUAGAUAGAAAUAGCAUCAAUUUAAAAAAAAUAGUGAACCUUUUUACUAGUAAUAUUUUCGGAAUUUUCAUUAAUUCAGAAAAAGGUAUACUUCUCAAUUCACAUUAGUUUCUUACCAUUAUUCUCACAAUUACCCUGGAGGAAUUUUGCACAGUAUAUAUUAUUUUCAUGUGACUUGUUAUCAAUAAUAUUGUGAUUACCAUUGUUGAUACCACUUCAAUUAACCUAACGCUAUUCUGCAUUAUGUUCACGGGGUUCGUUGCAUUAUAUUGACUAUAAACCAACACCUUUUAGCCGAUCUUCUUACCCUUUUUUAAAAUGACUCAUCAGACUUACAAAUGACAUUUUAGACAUGCUUAAGUCGUGAUCGAUGUAAAAGUUCACCAUUAUAAUGUAGAACAUUAUUUCAUUCAGUCACAACUGAUACGUACACGUUUUAUUUCAACCACCGUGAUAUAGCAUUUAUAGAUCUAUAACUGUACAGUUUGACAAAAUUAUUGGAAACAACUAUUACCUCAAACAUUCUUUGUUUUCAAUACUCCGUGGGGACUUUUGAACUCAUACAAAUUGUUAAACUGUCGAUUUUGAUUGGUGUUCUCUGUUUUAAUAUCCCUCUGAACUAUCAAUUACGUUAAGUAUGCUUCAGAAACAUUCAAAUCCGCCUCUUGGUUUAGAACGGAUUCAUCGAUAUUUUUGUUACGUUUGUGGAACUCUUCUUCCACACAAGUUGGAAGUUCAUGAUUUAUUAGUAUGCCGAAAAUGUAAAACAUCUACGUGUAUGCAUUGGUUCAGUAAUAUGGAUGCAACUUUCAAUACUGAAGCUAAAUCUGGCAAAAUAAACCAAUUUAAUGAUGAUGCGUAUGAAUCCACAUCUUUAUUCUUUCCAUCAAUGAUUAGAGGGGCUAAAAAGAUCUUAAAAUCAGAAAUUGCUUUAAAGGAGGCUUUGGAGUCACAAUUUGAAAACGGUACAUCACAAUCAACAUUUGAUGGACCAACUAUUAGAAAAGAAUGUGCUUAUUGUGGCAAUGAUAGAAUGACUUAUGUUACACUACAAACUCGUUCAGCAGAUGAAGGACAAACUGUAAUAUAUACUUGUACCCAAUGUUCUAAAAAAGAAAUUGAAAAUACUUGA